GUAACAAUCGGAAAUAUUAUUUCUAAUCAAAUGUUUAUUUAUUUCAAAUCAAUGUUCUAUUGUUGCAUAUGACUAAUGAACUAUAGUAUUAUUUGCGUAUAUAAUUCUAUUUCCUAAUUAAAUAUUCUAGAUGCGUCGAAGUUCGGCACCAAGCCAAAUUGCAAAGCGUCAAAUAGGCUCCUAUGAAGACAUAAAUGAGAGGGAACUAAAGCAAAAAUGUGCCUCAAAAACUAAUUGCAGAAUCAAGGAAAAUGAGUGUGUUAGUUUUAUAAAAUCAUCAUCGACAUACAGUGCAGAACAUGAAACCAUUAUUCGGAGUAUAUUAUCAAGACCUUUUAAGAUACCUAUACCUAAUUAUGAAGGCUCCAUAACCAAUAGAUCUUUAGGAUUAAAAAAAUCUACUUUUAGAAGGCCUUUGCACGAUCCGUACGCUCCAAAUGCAUUAGUGUUAUUUGCCCCACCAGAAGUAACUCACCAUGACAAACUAAAAUCCAAUAAUGAAAAUACACUUGUCCAUGUUGUUGUUGAUCCUGUACUUGGAAAUAUAUUGAGACCUCAUCAACGUGAAGGUGUAACAUUUAUGUACAAUUGUGUCACGGGUGUUCAGAUAGAAGGAAUGUAUGGUUGCAUUAUGGCUGAUGAAAUGGGUUUGGGCAAAACAUUGCAAUGUAUAACACUAUUAUGGACUUUACUACGUCAAGGGCCCGAUUGUAAGCCUACAAUUCAUAAAGCUAUUAUUGUUUGUCCAAGCAGUUUAGUAAAGAAUUGGUAUAAUGAGAUAAAUAAAUGGUUGGGUGUUCGAAUUCAAAGUUUAGUAAUGGACGGUGGCGCUAAGGAACAGGCACAAAAUCAACUGAAGCAAUUUAUGGCUUCUAAAGGACCACGUAUGGCGGUGGUUCCAAUUUUAAUUAUAUCCUAUGAAACAUUUAGAAUUAAUAGUGAAAUAUUGAAUAAUUCUGAAGUUGGUCUUGUGCUGUGUGAUGAGGGUCAUCGACUUAAAAAUAGUGAAAAUCAAACAUACACUGCUUUAAUGGGCCUACAAUGUAAAAGACGUGUUUUGUUAUCUGGUACACCAAUUCAAAAUGAUCUUUUAGAAUAUUUUAGUCUUGUUCACUUUGUUAAUGCUGGAUAUUUAGGAUCAGCACAGGAUUUUAAAAAGAAGUUUGAAAAUCCUAUACUUCGAGGCCAAGACUCAUUGUCCACACCAUCUGAAAGAUUGAAGGCAGCAGAAUGUCUGACUAUGUUAACACAAAUGGUUAACCAAUGUUUAAUUCGUAGAACAAGUCAACUUUUAACAAAAUAUUUGCCGGUGAAAUUUGAACAUGUCAUAUGUGUAAAUAUGACUCCUUUGCAGACUGCUCUUUAUAAAAGUUUCUUAAGUUCGGAGAAAGUGAAACAAACCAUGACUUAUGACAAAGAAGUCAAACCUACUAUAACAGCUUUAGCAAAUAUAACAUUUUUGAAAAAACUUUGUAACCACCCAGAUUUAAUUUAUGAUAAAAUUGUUGAAAGAGCAGAUGGGUUUGAAAAUGCAUAUAAAUUACUUCCAGCAAACUAUAAUAGACAUGAAAUUAUGCCAGAACUGUCUGGAAAGUUGAUGCUUUUAGAUUGUAUGUUAGCUAAUAUCAAAACAAACACAGAUGACAAAAUCGUCCUCAUAUCAAACUAUACUCAGACACUUGAUCUCUUUGAAAAAUUAUGUAAGAAGAGGGGUCAUGAUUAUGUGCGUUUGGAUGGUACAAUGUCUAUAAAGAAAAGGGGGAAAAUAGUGGAAAAAUUUAAUUUAAAAGAAUCUAAGGAAUUUAUUUUUAUGUUGAGUUCAAAAGCUGGUGGAUGUGGUCUUAACCUAAUUGGUGCAAAUAGAUUAGUUAUGUUCGAUCCUGAUUGGAAUCCUGCUAAUGAUGAACAAGCUAUGGCUCGAGUUUGGAGAGAUGGUCAGAAAAAACCUUGCUUUCUUUAUAGGAUGUUAGCAACUGGAACUAUAGAAGAAAAAAUUUUUCAACGACAAGCACAUAAGAAAGCUUUAUCAAAUAGUGUUGUUGACAAUGAAGAAUGCUUAAGACAUUUUUCAAGGGAAGAUUUAAGAGAUCUUUUUAAAUUAGAGGAACAAACAUUAUCAGAUACACAUAAUAAAUUUAAAUGUAAUCGAUGUAUAAAUAAUAUACAAGUGAAGCUUCCCCCGGAAGACUCAGAUUGCAUGUCAGAUUUAUCUCAAUGGUAUCAUUGUGCUGAUAAGAAGGGGCUGGCGGAUAUGGUUCUAAAACAAUGUUGGGAUAUGGCAAAAUAUAUUUCAUUUGUAUUUCAUCAUCGUUCAAAUCAAGUUGAAGCAAAACAAAUAAUUAAAGUAGAAACAAAUGAUGAUAUUAAUGAAGAUUCAGUUACAGAAGAAGAAAAUAUGAGUGAAUAA